AGAUGAGUGACAGCAGGAGCGCGAGACAGAUGACACGGACACAACAUGAAAUGAUCUGAAUGAUCAGUGUGUGGAGAUGAUGCUGAUGCACAAACUCACUGAAAUGGACAUUUGUGCCGAUGUCUGGAGUGAUGAUGAUGAUGAUGAUGUUCGCGGUUGAUUUGCAGGAACGCGCUGUUCGGGCAUCAUGAGGAAACACUGAUUCACAUCAUUCAUGUCGGACUGAAACAUUCGAGAAUAACAGCAACAACACGGUCAACUUCACACACACACACACGCGCACACAGCACGAGAGAGAAGCGAGCAAGAUGGGUGUGUGUGUGUCUGGUGUUCCUCAAGAGAGCAGCCGAUCUUCAGCACUCGAGCUCACGUCUUCCAGAUCGACCCGAACACUAAGAAGAACUGGCUGCCCACCAGCAAACAUGCGGUCACUGUGUCGUACUUCUACGACAGCACACGCAACGUCUACCGCAUCAUCAGCCUUGAUGGGUCAAAGGCGAUCAUCAACAGCACCAUCACUCCAAACAUGAACUUCACCAAAACAUCACACAAGUUCGGUCAGUGGGCGGACAGUCGCGCCAACACCGUCUACGGGCUCGGCUUCCCGUCUGAAGCUCAUCUGAGUAAAUUCGCAGAAAAAUUUUCAGAGUUUAAAGAAGCGGCGCGAUUAGCAAAAGAGAAAUCUCAGGAGAAGAUGGAGUUAACCAGUUCACCAUCACAGGAAUCGGCGACGGACCUUCAGUCUCCAGUGACUCCUGAGAGCAUCAACGGAACAGACGAGCGAGUGACGCCAGACGCCGCGUUUAACGCCGAGAGCCGCGCAGAGCCAAACGCUGUACCGUUCCCUCACAGCUCGACGUCCAUCACUAAACACUGGGAGGCGGAGCUCGCGACACUGAAGGGAAACAACGCCAAAUUAACGGCAACGCUGCUCGAGUCCACCGCUAACGUCAAACAGUGGAAACAGCAGCUGGCGGCGUAUCAGGAGGAGGCCGAGAGACUGCACAAACGGGUGACAGAGCUGGAGUGUAUCAGUGGACAAACAACGGGCAUCAAAACACAGAAAACUGAACUGAAUCAGACCAUUGAAGAGCUUGAAGCUGAACUCAAAGCCAAGGAGGAGGAACUGGAGAAGCUGAAAGAGGAAGUCGAAAACGCUGACCAGCUACAAACACAGAAAGAUUCACUCACACAGAAGCUGCAGGAGACGGAGUUGCGGAAUGCAGAGUUGGAGUCUCAGCUGUUGGAUCUAGAACAGCGUUUGGAGAACAGUCAGUCGGAGGACGGAGCGUUCCGGAAGAGUCUGCGCUCGCUGCUGGAGCUGCUGGACGGAAAGAUCUUUGAGCUGACAGAACUGCGCGACAGUCUCGCUAAACUCCUUGAGAGCGGCUGCAGUUAAAGACACAGCAGCGGCGGCAGCGCCCUCUAGAGGACAACACACGCGUUUCUAACAGUCACAUUAAAGAUGAAUCAGCGGUGUUCUUAAAACUGGAAUCACGAAAUAAAGGGAUGGAAGGAUGAUUGACAGCUCAUAUCUGGCACCGACAGACGUGAAACUGCUGCAUCGGUCAACAAAUGUGUUUUCAAGAGGAACUUUAUUACGUCAGCUAGAAAACAAUCCUGCAACUCUUCCACACUGAACUUCCACGACCUGAGCAAUACAAACCAAACACAAGAACAGCUAUUCACUAUCAGGUAUUUUACUAUAUCACUCUUUUCUGAAAGAGAAAACACUCACACACACACACACACACACACACACACACACACACACACAAGCACGCACU